AUGACGACUCGUCAAAUCCUAGUCACAGGCGCGACCGGCAAACAGGGCAAGUCUGUAAUCCAAGCUCUUCUCGCCCAUCCACCUCCCUUUGACCACCAGAUCCUCGCCCUGACCCGGAAAUCCACCUCACCCACUGCCAAAGCUCUAGCCACCAAUCCCAAAGUUACCAUCAUCGAAGGAGACCUUGAAAAUGCAGGAGAAAUCUUUACUCAAGCAGGGGGCGUCGAUUCUAUCUGGGGUGUCUUCCUCAUGACCCUCCCCUCGAUGAAAAAGGGUCCAGAAAAUAUUGAGACACGACAGGGCAAUAAGCUGAUUGACGCCGCCAUCGCGCAUGGCGUACGACAUUUGGUUCUUUCGUCGGUCGAUCGUGGAGGGUCAGAAAAGUCAGAGAUUGACUCGACAGAUAUUCCCCACUUCAUUUCAAAGUUCAACAUUGAAAAACAUCUCAUAGACAAGGUGCGCGAGACCCAGACGACCUAUACCAUCCUACGCCCGGUGGCAUUUAUGGACAAUCUCACUCCAACUUUUGGUGGUCGAAUGUUCGCAGCGAUGUGGGAGAGCAUGGGAACGAAACCGUUGCAGUUGAUCUCGACCAAGGAUAUUGGAGUCUUUGCCGCCCAAGCCUUGGCCGCUCCUGAGACGGACGAAUACAAGAAUACUGCCAUCAGUCUGGCAGGAGACGAACUCACCCAAGCUCAGGCCAAUGAGGUCUUUUGGAAGGUGUUGGGCCGACCCAUGCCCAGGAGCUAUGGAUUCAUGGCCACGCUCCUUCAAAGAGCCAUCCCUGAACUAGGCACCAUGUUCCGAUGGUUUGUCAGUACCGGUUACGGCGCAGACAUCACCCAUGAUCGACUUUUGUACAGCGGCCUCCAUGAUUUUGAGUCGUGGCUGCGGGAAGAGAGCGGAUUCAAGAGAUGA